UCAUUUAUUAAAUCAGUUAAGCUCAGUUUAUAUAAACCUCCACCUGAGAGCUAUCCAGUCACAGGCCGCACCGCUGUCCGCUGAGAGCGCGCUACACACGCUCGCUUCAUUUGACAAAUACAAGCUGAGCGCAACAGUAGCCGCGGUGACUGGAGAUCUGAGAGAGCAACCGCCGCGUAUGACAGCGUCGCAGCGUCCAUUUGAUGCGAUUACCGUUUUAUUUUUUCUAGUAGGCUAUCUGUCAAGGGCUCAGAAUGUGUGUAAAGCUGACGGUUCAGCCACAAGCCAGGAAUAAAGACGCAUCUACUCACUGACUGGGCAUCGCGUUUCGAAGACGAACCUGAGCUUCGGCCGUUUGGACAGACCCGACAGCAACCGAAUAUAUCCAAGGCAGCCGCUUCGGUAGCUCUUUAUACCUGUGGGACACCGUUUUGCUGCUAAUUCUGUUUAAAGACACACAUUUCUAUUGGGCUGUACUGACAGACACGUUUCUCAGUGUGUCAGUCUAGUGCGCUUGAUGCUUUGCAUGCAAAACCUGAGCGAACUCACCAGGUAAACACAGUUUUACCUCAUUCUUGUAUCGAUUGUUGUUUACUUUUGCAUUAUGUAGCUAUAAUAGUAUCCUCGCACAUUUGUAACAGGCGUUUUUAUUAGCGAAACCUAAGGCAAUCUGAACUGAUAAUGGUAGACGAGGCUUAUGGAGAUAUCACAUGCUGGAUGGCAUUCCACAUCCGCGCGCUGUCAUCCCCACACCGGGUAAAGUGAACAGCACACCGGGGAAGAGAGACUUUAAAACCUGUUCACGUCAGACUGCACGAAAACUUACAGGAUAAACGAUGUCUAAAACGCUUAAGAGGAAGAAACACUGGUCUACCAAAGUGCAGGAGUGCGCGGUGUCGUGGGGAAGAGUUGGGGAGUUCGGUGAUGUUGUGGAGAUCCUCGGAGGCGCCGAGCUCGGGGAGUUCCCGUUCCUCGGUCAGAUGAACUUAGACGUGCUGGUGUGUCACGUCGGGAGACUACCGUACUACGGGGAUGUGUUACUGGAAGUGAACGGGACACCUGUCAGCGGGCUGACGAACCGAGACACUCACGCGGUGAUCCGCCACUUCCGAGAGCCGAUCCGAAUCAAGACCGUAAAACCAGGUAAAGUGCUGAAUGCUGAUUUGAGGCAUUAUCUUAGCCUGCAGUUCCAAAAAGGAUCAAUCGACCACAAACUGCAGCAAGUGAUCCGAGACAACCUGUACCUGCGCACCAUUCCAUGUACCACCCGGCUGCCCAGAGAUGGGGAGGUUCCAGGAGUGGACUAUAAUUUCAUCAGCGUGGGGGAUUUUCGCAUCCUGGAAGAGAGUGGAUUACUACUGGAGAGCGGAACAUAUGAUGGUAACUUCUAUGGCACUCCCAAACCUCCUGCGGAGCCCAACUUGGUUCAGCCUGACCUGGUCGACCAGGUUUUGUUUGAGGAGGAUUAUGGCGCCGAAGUCCAACGAAAGCGAACAACCUCUGUCAGCAAGAUGGACCGCAAGGACAGUGUGGUCCCUGAGGAGGAAGAAGAUGAGGAACGGCCACAGCUCCCAAAUGGCAUCCCAGAGAGGACAGAGGAGUGGAGGAAAGCUGUGCCCAGCUACACUCAGUCCAGUGGUGGAGGCACCGCAGGUGGCAGUGGGACACUGGAAGUCCACACCUGGAGCUCUUUAGCCAGAGACGAAAGCCUGGAGCCGCUGCCGUACAACUGGGAAAUGGCCUACACAGAGACAGGCAUGGUCUACUUCAUAGACCACAACACAAAAUCGACUACAUGGUUGGACCCGCGUCUGGUCAAAAAAGCCAAGCCCCCUGAAAAGUGUGAGGAUGGAGAACUUCCAUAUGGUUGGGAGGAGAUCGAUGACCCGCAGUACGGCACAUACUAUGUUGAUCACAUAAAUCAGAGAACCCAGUUCGAGAAUCCAGUUCUAGAGGCCAAGAGGAAACUCGGUUUAGACACUGCAGUUGCAACUCAGACCCAACAGAGGGCAGCACCUCCUCCAGGUGGAGCGGCUGGUACGCCCGGAUUCACGAGGGACCCAACCCAGCUGAAGGGGGAGCUGUAUCACACGGCUCUCAGGAAGAGCCAGCAGGGGUUUGGUUUCACCAUCAUUGGUGGAGACCGACCUGAUGAGUUCCUGCAGGUGAAGAACGUUCUUGCUGAUGGCCCGGCCGCACAAGACAACAAGAUGGCCUCUGGUGAUGUUAUUGUGGAAAUCAACGGCACACUUGUCUUAGGCAAGACCCACGCAGAUGUGGUCCACAUGUUCCAGUGCGUCCCAUUUAAUCAGUAUGUGGACAUGGUCCUCUGUCGCGGAUACUCGCUCCCCCCUGACGUGGACGCCGACAUCGAGGACCUUCCCCCUCCACCUCCACCCCCGACCGGAGAGAUCGUAACCGCCGUACCCCUCAUCAACGGCCAGCCAUUGCUGGUCAAAGGUGACGCCCUUAAUGGCUCCUCCCAAGAGCUUCACUACGUAACCACAGAUGCCAGUGGGCGGCCGGUGAUCACUGCACUUCCAGGAGGCAGCAGCGGUGCCAACGACACACCCGAGACUGGGAUGCUACAGCCGGAGCUGGUGAGCGUGCCAAUCGUGAAGGGACCUGGAGGAUUUGGCUUUGCCAUUGCAGACUGUCCGCUGGGGCAGAAGGUGAAAAUGAUCCUGGAUGAGCAGUGGUGCCGAGGCCUGCUGAAAGGAGAUGUGAUAAAGGAGAUUAACAGGCAGAAUGUGCAAACACUGAGCCACGCGCAGGUGGUGGAUAUACUGAAAGACCUCCCUGUGCACAGCGAGGUGAAUCUGUUGGUGUUGAGAGGAGGUCAGACAUCGCCUGUGAAGAGUUUAAGACCUAGACCCGGGUUGAGUGCCAGCACUGAGACUCUGGACCGUUGCCAUGACACCAUGGUUCCCCAGGCUUUGACCUAUCAUUCAAAAACACUGCCAUGUAGCUCUCCAAAACAAGACACUUCCCUGCACUACAGAAAACCCAAAGCCUUGCAGGACAGCAUAGUACCUCACUAUAAAGAGUUGGACGUGUUCAUCAAGAGAGAACAGGAGACAGGCUUUGGCUUCCGUGUGCUUGGAGGAGAAGGCACUGAACAACCAGUCUACAUUGGUGCCAUCAUUCCCCAGGGGGCGGCAGAGAAAGAAGGCCGGCUGAGGGCCGGAGAUGAGCUCGUUGGCAUCGAUGGCAUCACUGUAAAGGGAAAAUCUCACAAGCAAGUUCUGGAUCUGAUGACUAAUGCAGCACGCAAUGGACAAGUGCUGCUUUCAGUGCGCAGGAAGGUCAUUUAUAAAGAUGCCCUGGAGGAUGUUGGGAGUGGAGCGCUGACCCUUGUGAAUGGCUCACCUCGGCUUCCGCGUAUCCAGGUGCCAAGCGUCAAGGACCAGGGGUCGUUUGAUAUCACACUCCAUCGUAAAGAUAAUGAGGGCUUUGGCUUUGUCAUUCUCACAUCGAAGAGCAAACCACCACCCGGAGUGUGUGUUUCAGUGAUUCCUCAUAAGAUUGGUCGAAUAAUCGAGGGCAGUCCGACUGACCGCUGCGGAUUGCUGAAUGUGGGUGACCGUAUAUCCGCUGUGAACAGCCAGUCCAUUGUGGAGCUCUCCCACAAUGAUAUUGUUCAGCUUAUUAAAGACGCAGGGAAGUCUGUCACACUCACCGUGGUUCCUGAGGACGAGUACAAAGGCCCACCAUCAGGAGCCAGUUCAGCCAAACAAAGUCCCGCACCGCAGCACAAGAUUCUCAAAUCCACUCAGGAUGAGAGAUAUAAUUUGGAUAUGGAUGAGAUCAGGGAUGAGCUUGCACGGACGGAGUAUACAACUCUUCCCAUGAGUGAACAGGGAACGCUGUGUGUCGCCAACUCCAAACAGGGGUGUAUCCCAGUAGAGUUGGAGCGUGGACCUCGUGGUUUUGGCUUCAGUCUGAGAGGGGGAACGGAGUAUAAUAUGGGCCUCUACAUCCUGCGGUUGGCUGAGGAUGGCCCCGCUCUACAGGACGGCAGGAUACACGUAGGAGAUCAGGUAGUGGAGAUCAAUGGAGAACAGACGCAAGGCAUCAGUCACACUAGAGCCAUUGAGCUGAUCCAAGCUGGAGGAAACAAAGUGCUACUGUUACUGCGACCGCAAGCCCUCUUACCAGAGAACAGUUCUGCUGGAGAUGUUAUCCUUCCUGAUCUGCUGAGAUCCAACCCUUCCAACAUUCCUCUCAGUUCUCCUCUCCUUCAUCCGUCAUCCACCUCAGCAAAGAAGGAAACAUCAGACCUGACAAGUUCCUUUGCCCGUUCUCGCCGCUCCUUGGAUCUGGCCUGUGAGGAUCCUCAAUCUAAAGACAGCAAGAGGGAGAAGCGUACCAAACCACCAAACGCCAGCUCUUCCAGAGUCCCGCAGCAACGGCGCAUCAAGAGUCGGUCCGCAGAGAAUCUCCUUGAUCUCGGAGAUACAGAGAAAUCCAAAAGCCCAUCCAAAGCCAAAGACAAAGCUCACAGCCACAAAGAAAAUCUGCAACAAAGCACUCGAGACUCCCACAAGAGCAGAAAGUCCUUCCAACAUAGUCGCUCAGUGAGUCCCCAGAAGUCAAAGCGUGAAGGACCUGAAGUGGUAAUUGGUGAAGCACAGGGACGGAAAGAGGUACGCCACGUGAAGGGGACACCGAGCGUGGACCAGAGGAAAAGUGACGCUGAAAAGAGGAAAAAACUUGAAUCUAGAGGAAGGAAGCGAAAUGAGACACAAGAAGGGGAGGAGAGGUGGAGGGCUGAGAGAAAAGUGAGAAGCAAUGGAGAGGAUGAAGAAGCUGAGCCAAAAGGGGAAAAUGAGCUCAAAAGCACCCAAAAGAAGAAAAAACAGAGAGAUAGAAACAUCCGAAAUGAAAACACCCACAUAGAGGAGACAAGACAGGGAGACAGGAAGAGCAAACAAACAAAAGAUAAGGGGGAUCAAAAGGAAGAAAACAGGAAGGAAAUGAUUACAGAUAAGAAUGAACCCAAAAGAAAAGGAAAUGAGAGUAAAGACAGGAACGACAACAUUGUCAUCACAGAUGCGGCUCCAGUCACCACCAGGGCGAGUCUUGUCUUUGACCAGCCUGGACCCUUGAGUGACGGCCUCUGGAAGAUCCCUAGUUUUGCACGUAUCCUCACGCAUGAGGAAGUGAUGCGAGAUGUUUGUGAAUAGUUAGGCGAUCCUUGGGAAUAGAGGGUUUAAAACCAAAAACAUAUGCAAGUACGUGAAUGUAAACGCUUUAAGCUAAGAUUUCACACAGUUCAUCAUGAAUUGCAAGUAGGCUACAUUCUCAGCAUUUCAGCACUAUCAUGCGAAUUAGCACAAAUGGGAAUUAUCUGCUGGUGGAAGAGAAUCUUCCUGAGCAAGUUAGUUGAACUGUUGACAUGAUUAUAGCUAGCUACAUAAAUAACAACACAUCUGGUUUAUUGGCACAGACAUUUGAUGAAAACUAUCGCCUUCUUGAGUACAGGACUAAGCAUCAUCAAGGGGUACUCAAAGUACUUAAGGGGAUAAUUGAGAUUUCCUUGUACACCUAUGUACAGCAGGUCAGUGUUUCAAGCACUUGCACUUGCAUAGAAUAUUACACUAGCCUAACUUCUCAUUAACAUGUUCCUUAUACUGUAAAAGAAAAUCAGAAGUUGAGAUUUUUAAUAAGAAUGAAUUUAUGGAAAAAAAUGGUUGAAUCAACUUAGAGUUGAUACAUCAUAUAAUUAGUUCUACUGCAUAAAGUCAAAAAUAAUAAAGAAAUAAUAAAGUUUCAAAAAUGCAAAUAAGCCUCAUGUCAUUCCAAACAUUUCUUUCUUCUGUGGAAGAUAUUUUGGAAAGAAUAUUAGUAACCAAAUGGUUUGCGCUCCCAUUGACUUCCAUAGUAUGGACAACAAAUACAGUGGAAGUCAGUGGGACCUGAAACUGUUUGGUUGCCAGAUUUCUUCAAAAUGUUGUCUUCUGUAGCCUUAAUGGUUUUGCGUCCCAUUGACUUCCAUAGUAUGGACAACAAAUCCUAUAGAAGUCAAUGGGAUCUGAAACUGUUUGGUUAUCAAAUUUCUUCAAAAUAUAUAUAUUUUUUUCAGGUGCAAAAAAAAUAAAUAGAUGAAUUGUUCACAAUAAGCUCAAUAACAUGCAUUUAGAAAGUAGAUAGGGUGAAUUUUCAUUUCAUGCCAACUUUAAGCCAGAUUGUUUAUUAUUCAGAUUGGUAGCUAUAAACAAGUCAACAGCUGAAAGGCACAGACACCUCAUGGUCUUACCUUUAUCACCUGAUUGAAUAGUGAGGUUUGAAAGUGCCAUAAUAACGCAAGCUUUGUAUGUAUAACAGCACUAUAUACAUUCAGUGCAUAGGCCAAUCUUUCACAUGCUUGUACACGUACUUUCCAAGAGUAUGUUUUUGGCCUUACACCUCGUUUUUCUCCAGGUGGUCUCCCAACCAGUUGCUGACCAGGCUUACGUCUGCUUAGCUUCAGAGCGCAUCAUGUGAACCAUAUUAAUGUCCUUCUUUUUGGACAGUGGUCAGCAUGAGCUUCUCAUUCAAAUUAUUUAAAAAUGUUUGUAAUAAGCAGUCUCAUAAACAGACUGAUUCGACGUGAAGUUUCAUCUAAACUGCUUUACGGAGAUCACAUGGAGCUUAAUCAUCUUGGACAGGCAAUUUCUGCAGAUUUGUGGUCAAAUGCAUGGAGCUCUGUUUUGUCCGGACAGCCUCUUUUAAUUUGCUUUAUGCCAACUGACAUUAAACAACAUGAGGACUCUCUCAACAUCACAAUGCAAUCCUUCCUUAUGCAAUUUAAGGGAACACGUCCCAUCAGUCACCUAAACAAUAAUGCAAGUUUUUGUUUCGGUUAUAAACAGCACGUCCUUACCCCAAAGAAUAAUUUUUUUCCCUGCAUGCAAAGUAGAACACACAAACUACUUGUUUUGUUGCAUGCCUUUUAGACCCGUGCAGUUUAUCUCUAAUGUUUUCAAAUGGUGUAAAUAAGAACUGUCAUGAAGACAGGGGGCUUUACCAGGGACUUUUCAGACUGUUCUCUCUUUCUUCCGUGUCUUUUAUGCCCUGAUCUCCAAAUAUUAUAAAUGCAAAUGACCAGAAACUUGUGCUUUAAUAUACCAAGAACAUGAUCAAAUGUU